ACCAUCAAACAAAGAUCCUCCCAAAACAAUGGAGAAGCCAAAGCUAAAGACUGUCCAAGAGUUAGUUGCGGCGGGCGAAGGACUACCGGAAAGAUACCUUUUCCCACCCACCGGCGGCGGCGAAGGUCAACCUCUUAACGGUUUGAUGCCGGAGAUGGAAAUUUCAGCCAUCGAUCUUAGCCUUCUCUUCUCUUCUUCUGAUGAAGGUCAAGAAGAGUUGAGAAAACUUCACUCCGCGCUCUCUACAUGGGGCGUUGUUCAGGUGAGGAAUCAUGGGAUUACGGAAGCGUUCUUGGACAAGGUUUACGCGCAAACCAAACAGUUCUUUGCGUUCUCGACUGAAGAGAAACAGAAGUACGCGAGAGAGGUUGGUGGUUACCAAGGAUAUGGAAACGACAUCAUAAUUUCUGAUGAUCAAGCUCUUGAUUGGAUCGACCGCUUGCACCUCACUACUUACCCUGAAGAUCUUCGACAGCUUAAGUUCUGGCCAGAAAUCCCAACCGGAUUUAGGGAAACUUUGCAUGAAUACACAAUGAAGCUAAAUAUACUGAGAGAUCAACUAUUCAAAGGAAUGGCUAGAUCGUUGGAGCUGGAAGAUAACUGCUUUGUUGAGAUGUGUGGAGAAAAUUCUAUAAUGGACAUAAGAUUCAACAUGUAUCCUCCAUGUCCGAGGCCGGACAAGGUUAUUGGGUCUAGACCCCACACUGAUGGCUCGGCCGUCACUCUUCUCUUACCCGACAAAAAUGUGGGAGGGCUUCAGUUCCUCAAAGAUGGGAACUGGUAUGAAGCUCCAAUCAUCCCUGAUACGAUCCUGGUCACUGUAGGAGACGUGCUCGAGAUAAUGAGUAAUGGAGUAUACAAGAGCCCGAUUCAUAGAGUGGUGACUAACACAGAAAAGGAAAGGAUAUCUGUGGCAACGUUUUGCUUUCCACAUGCAGAACAAGUGAUUCAACCUGUUGAUGGGCUUGUGUCUGAGGCAACACCAAGGUUGUACAAAACAAUUAAGAACUAUGCGGAGAUCUACUUCAAGUACUAUCACCAGGGUCGGAAAUCGAUCGAAGGUGCAAUGGUCUGAAGAAAAGGAUUCUGAUGCAAACACAGGACCGACCUGACAAAACUACACGAAUCGAACCAGAGAUAUAUCGGCUAAGAGUGUCUUUGAAUAUUUCUUUAUUUACUUCCAGAGUUUAUCGUUAAUAAUGGAGAUCAAAUGGUCUUCUAUCUUUGUGUUCAGGAGUACCAUCUCCACUUUCCUUUAUCUAUGAUUUCAACCUCUUGUUUAAGAACGGUAGAUUUUCUACCGGUAUAAAUUUGGUAAAAACAAAAAAAAAUCUAUAUAUUCAU